GCCCAUCCGAAGAGACCUCAAGAGCUUCCAAUUGUCCUCCCGCAGGCUUCACACAGGUGUCGACCACAAAGUCCCCGGCAAUCAUGGCAUCACGACGGUCUCAUUUCCACCAGCAGGUGCUCAUCGACACCACGCCUCUCCCCGACAGCAUCCCUCCCGUCCAGGAGAUUGGCGCCAGCUCCGCGCCCCUGCUGUCGGCGUCCUUCUUCAUCGGCGCGCGGUGCCGCGACUACAACGAUGACUACAUGCAGUGCAAGACCGAGAACCCCGGCAAGGGCGAGCUGAACUGCCUCAAGGAGGGACGAAGGGUCACCCGCUGCGCUCAGAGCGUGCUCACGGACAUCAACACACACUGCCUGGCUGAGUUCCGCAAGCACUGGGAAUGCCUCGACAACCGAAACCAGCAGCUCUGGCAGUGCCGCCCCGCCGAGUGGAAGCUCAGCAAGUGCGUCUACGAGAACUUGAAACUGGAGAAGAAGAUUCCCGAUCAGCCCACCAACGUCACCCCCGUUGAGCUGAGGACGAAACAGAUCUUCGCCGACGUGAGAAUCGGCCCUGGAGACGGGAAGCCAUUCGUCGCCGCGCAGUCUGGUGCUUCACAGUGAGUCGGGGGAUGAUGCUUCGUGUACAAUUUUCC